AGGAGGGAGAACAGCAGUCCUCAUUGUCUCAGUCAGAGAUAAGAAGCAGGCGGAUGUGUGGUUACAUCCCACAACAAGCAGACGAGUUCCGGUAGCCUGCUCAUGACUCAUUUUUCUUCAGAAUUUCAAAAUUCUUGACAUGUGAAGCCGAACAGCUGGGCGUCAGUGGCCUCCUCACUGUCUGCAGGAGCGAUGCUUCCUUUCUGGGUGGUGUUUUGGGCGUUGCUCCCCGACGUGGCUUCGCUCUCAGCUCCAGAAAAGUGUGACUUCUAUGAAAGCAGCAGCUCACAGAGCGCGUCUCCAUUGCUGGAAUCCUUAAAAUGCUACAAUGACUAUGAGUCCAAUGUUGUUUGCAAAUGGAUGAAACAGGGAAACCAGACGUUGCAGCUCUGGUCUGUAACCAAGGACGGCAGGAAGUUGUGUUUGCCGUUCGAUGCUGCGGAUGCAGCUGAGGAAAGAACUGACAACUGUAUUUUUGAAGUUUAUGCUUUAGGACACAACAUUAAGUACACAGUCACCUUCAGCAUGGAGCCACAAAGCCUCUGCUCCCCUGUUCUGAAAACUCCUCUGAAUCUUCAGCAGCACUUGAAAGCGCUUCCACCUGUGAAUCUGUCCACGCAUGAUGCCGGAGAAGGAGCCAGACGGCUGUGCUGGAGCAGUCCCUACCCGUCCUCGUCCUCGCUGAACAGAAACCUCAGUUACCAGCUGAGCUACAGGACACAGGGACAGGACGGCUGGACUAUGAAGCACGUCAAAACCAGCAGCACGACGCUGGAGAGGAGCUCGUUGCUUCCAGGCCACCGGUAUGAAGCCCGGGUGAGGGUGAGGGCCAGCGUGGGCCAGUGGAGCGACUGGAGCCCUGUGGUCACCUGGCAGACUGAACAAGACGUUCUGCAGCCUCCCGCUUUGCAUUGUGUGCUGCGCGGAGAGAGGGAGGUGAUGUGUAGCUGGGAGGUGAGAGCAGAGCUGGCCGAUUUUAUUACCUACCAGCUGGAGUGUCAAGACAAACAGACUGCGCCAUGCUGUGAGAACUUGACGGUCAGUUCUGAGUCUGGCGGGACGAUGCGGAGGUACAGCUGCCUGCUGAUGGACCCUGAACGCCAGCUGCUGAGCCUCAGACCCAUGCAAAACGCCAAGACCUUCAAGGCCCAGGAACACAUCCGUCCCAAACCUCCAGGGGACGUAAAGAUUGAGGAGAAAGGCAACAACUGGAACGUGCAUUGGGUGAAACCGAGUACGCCAUACGUUAGCCUGGCCUACGAGGUGUGUUACUACAGAACAGAGGACCCGGAAUCUCCUGUACUGGAGAACACUUCAGAGGAGGCCACAUCAUGGACCAUCCCUGGAAACUCUCUCACCCCGUCCCAGAAAUACAAGGUCAAGGUCAGAUCAGUGCUCGGUUCUCGAUCCUACAGAGGAAUCCCCUCCGAGUGGACUGAGCCCCUGGACUGGACCUCAAAUGAAGAGAGCUGGUCCUACACCACCUUCAUCUCCAUCCUCAUCACUGUGAUUAUCACUACGGUCUUCCUCACUUUGUACUGCACUAUUCCAGCUUGCCAACGGCAUUUACUCCUGUGGGUGGAUUCUGUUCCGUCUCCAAGAAAAAGCAAAAUCAUCUGUGAGAUAAAGUCUGCCACCUGUAAGGCCGUGUUGCUGAGCGAGAAAACAUCCAUAAGCAAGGUGCAACACCUGGACGGCAUGUCUGCAGGCUCCUGUGAUGUUUUACCGUGGCCAAUCAAGGACACCGAAAAGAAGGGUCAGGACGAGGGCUGCCGGGACUGCAAUAACCAGCCCCCCUCAUCUGCGGAGGUUAACGGCUCCGACGUGUCUUCUAUAAGCUUCAGCGGGCCGUACAUCGUCUUUGAGUCAUUAGAGGAACUUGCGAAGUCGGUGGAGCUCCAGAGUAAAGACACAGACCCGCCAUGUUCUCCGCCAAUGAACUUCACCCUGUAUGGAGACGGCUACGUGUGGCUGCCGCGGCACAUCGUCUCCAUGUCAGCACAGGAUCUCACGUCGCACAGUGGUGGCAGCACGAACCACAGCUCAGUCCAGAGUGUUGAGGACGCCCGGCCCCGGCCUGGUGCCGAGCUUCACUCAGGCAGUCGGUCCGACCUCCGUGAGUCCAUCAGCGAGGACCGACUCCCAGAAUACACCCCGGGACCUCCCAUGGCUUGGCCUCAAGCUGGCACCAUUCAGCCCUCUGGAUACUGCCAUCUCCCCGCAGCCUUUAUGACAGCGCCACAGUAACCGAGAGAACGCUGAAGGACAUCUCAAGGCUCUGCAGCAGAUUUAAUUAUAUGGUUUCCACACAUUUUCAACGUACUUCUUUACUUUCUUUUCACUGGGUGAGCAGUUCAAUGUGAAAGCAUUUGUAGGAGCGUUUUACCUUAUCUGUGCCAACAUCAAAUCAGCUGGUCCUCCAGUGUCUGACCAUUGGAGGGCAGUAGUGAGCCAGUCUGUGAGGGCAAUGCAAGCACAGGAGGGAUUUUCUAAGCCUUUCUUUCCAAGCUGUUUGAAGCUUCCCCACACAUUUUGAGUCAGGACAGCAGCCACGCACUGGAAGUUCAAAGUGUCUCAUUGAUAUGGAGCUGGCGUUUGAGGAAAUUCUUCAGUGACUUAUGUACAUUUUCAUCUUUUCCUCCUCAGCAUUGCACCCAGGAUGUGCAUUUACAUCAGAGAUUCUUCAGAACUGUGUUGAAAUCUGCCGCUUCUCUGUCACUUCUUCAAACCCCCUGCCUUUGUCACAGCUGACGCAGAACGUGUUCUUCUUUGGCAAAAAGACUGAGUCAAUUUUGCUGACGCCACUUGUGUACGACAUACAUGUCAUUACAAAUGUGUGUGAGCUGGGCAACAAGUGCAACCUGGAUGUUGGGCUCGCAUUGGAGGAAGUGAGAGAUGACUGAGGUGUACAGGAAGGUCAGGAUCAGCCAGCGUUAUGGCAGUGGUUCAUUUAUUACACUGGAAUGCUGGGAGUCUGUCGGCUAAUGGGCAGGAAUUUAAGAAACCAGAAACCACAGGUUAUUUGUGUACAGGAAAUAUGGUUAAGACCACAACUGGAAGGAAGAGAAAGAAGAAGGAUGUAACUAGAGCAGGAUGUAAAUACAGUGGGGUGUAACGAUCGCGCGGUUUUGUACAGUACAAACUGCUGCUGCAGUGCAAGACAGUGUGAGGCUAACAAGAAGAUUUGAAAGCCAUCAGUGUAGCUAAAAAGUCCAGCUAUUGCAGUAUGUCUGCUGUGUCUGUCAAUAUGUACAGUGACAUUAUAUUAAUAAACACAUUUU